CCCUGCUUCCUGACCUCUUAUUAAGCCGUCCCCGCUAAGCUGCGGCGGGGUAGGAGUCCCUUUUGGCUGCGGCAGGGGGGUUGCCGGCAGUGUGGAGCCAGCCUGCCUUGGCACUGCUGGCACUCUUCUCCUGGAGGGUGCCCCUCAUCGGCUUCUGCAGCUGAGCUUGUGGGGGCACGGUGAAGAAUUGCUGACCAGAAAGCCACCCUCAGUUAAAAGUCAUCUGGGCAGCUUUAGUCUGGGUUAGCAAAAUUUCAGUGUUGGCACACACAGCUGUGCAAGAACAUCCUCUGCCAAAACAACUUUCUAAUGGGUACAGGCUGAGAAAUCAGCUUUGUGUUCAGCUACACCGGGGAAGAGGCAAACACUGUCUGUAAGGUGGAUAUCAAACAGUAUCUGCUGUGUCAGAGACUGUUUCAAGUUGACUAGUUCAAGGAGUGAUUUCUAGAAAUUCUGAGAAUUUCAUUAAAGUCGUUUUAAUUAAGGCCAAGAUAUUUUUAAAACCAUGAAAAAACUCAACCUAUCAUGUAGUAAAACUGGUAGGGUGUGCUGUAGCUUGGUUGUGAACUUUUCUUGAGAGAGCAGAUGGAUGUAAAUGAAGAUAUAUAGGGAAAAUGAGAAGAACAUCUGCCUUUUUCAGCUCUUUAUGAGACAAGUACAAGCAAGACAAAAAUAAAACUGAACCACUGAGCUUGUUUCAGCAUAUGGUAGGUGUAGGAAAAUUUCUGGAAGUCCAUUUUCUCUCCCUUCAGUCCAGAUGCACAGAUCAAUGGAGCAUUUAACUACCUCUGCUGUUGAUGUUUAAAUUUUUUGGUAGUGUGCUGAAACACAUGUUGAAAUGCAAACGAGUACAAACAGCCACAGCAUACACCCAGCAAUCUGUUUCCAGGUGAUUACUUGAUUCCAUGGCUGUCAUUUGUCCCCUUUAUUUCGACAUUUAACAUGAAAUUAUGCUAGAUGCUAGUUGUUUACUGGAAUUUUUAAUCUUGACCAGUACCCAGGCAAGGAUUUCUCUGUCUGUCUCUUUCUUAUACUUUAAGGGUUAUACAACAGAAGAAAAUGUAGCAUGAGAAAAUCAGAAGGCUUAGCUAACUUGUGAAGGGCUGUCUCCAUACAGCCUGGGAUUUCUACCACCCUUUGCUGAGAAGGACUGUUAAAAGAAAAAGAAAAGCUCACUGAAUUGAGCUGUCUGUGCGGUCUGAUGAGUGCUGAUGAUGUGUCUGAUUUGGUAAGGACAUCGAUUCCUUGUGGGGUACAGACAGCAGUAAUCACAACUCUCAGUCUUCAUCAACAACUUCUGGUGUUCUUGUCUUGUUCUGAAAUCCUAGUGAGCAAAAAGACAAGUGGCAAGAUGUGUGAAAGGGAUAUGUUUAAUUCAUUUUGCCAUGAAAGUUUGUAUACUGCAAAAUUAAUGAGCUUUUUACCUUCCCUUUUUUCCACUAUCUGAGCAGUAGGAUCAAUCUUGCAAGGGCUUGGGGGUCUUGGUUUACAAAAUUAUUGGGUUUUUAACAUCAUUUGGAUACAUUAAAUUUAAGAAGAUUAGUGAGAAACAGAGAGACAAAACCAGUAACUCAGCAGUGUUUUGCAAAGGGUUACUCCAAGGCACGUUCUUCUGAAUAAUGAUGAAUUGCUUCCUGAUUUGUGGUCAGUGACUUUUUUUGGUAUAAUUACUGUCAAGAAGGAAGCUGAACAACCAGAGUACAUUUCUUAGACCUACCAUAGUGGGGCAUUUUCUUCAAAACCCUUAUGGCUUUUUGACCAAACCCACUUGAUAUAUGUUACUGGAACUGCUGAUUUCUUUUUAUAAAAGAAGGUGACCUGUCACUGGAGUUAUAAGCAAAGAGUACAUCCCAAAAGGAACACGCUUUGGACCCCUGGUAGGAGAGAUCUAUACCAGCGAUACGGUUCCCAAGAAUGCGAACAGAAAAUACUUUUGGCGGAUCUAUUCAAGUGGUGAGCUUCACCACUUCAUUGAUGGAUUUAACGAGGAUAAGAGCAACUGGAUGCGUUAUGUAAACCCUGGCUACUCUGUUCAGGAACAGAACUUGGCUGCUUGUCAGAAUGGAAUGAACAUCUACUUCUAUACCAUCAAGCCCAUCCCUGCCAACCAAGAGCUGCUUGUGUGGUAUUGCCGAGACUUUGCAGAAAGGCUGCACUAUCCCUCCUCCAGAGAGCUGACAAUGAUGAACCUCACACAAACCCACAUUAAUCCAAAGCAGCACAGUGCUGAUAAAGAUGAGCUUUAUCAGAAGAGCAUCCCAAAGAAGGAGCACAGUGUAAAAGAAAUCCUGAAAAUGGAAUCCAACCCUCCAAAAGGAAAAGACUUCUUCCAGACCAACAUUUCACCAGUUACUCCAGAAAAAGACUUGGAUGAUUUGCGUAAAAACUAUAGCCCGGAGAGGUGUUUCUUCCCUCGAGUUGUCUACCCAAUCCGACCUCACAUUCCAGAAGACUAUCUGAAAGCUUCCUUAGCAUACGGGAUGGACAGACCCAGCUACAUUACUCACUCACCCAUCCAGGCAUCUACUACACCGAGUCCUUCUGGGAGGAGCAGCCCAGACCAAAGUUUAAAAAGUUCAAGCCCUCACAGCAGUCCAGGGGUCACGGUUUCACCUCUGGCACCUACUUCCCAAGAGCACAGAGAGCCAUACUCUUACUUGAAUGGAUCGUAUGGCUCAGAAGGAUUAGGGUCUUACCCUGGAUAUGCACCCCCUGGCCACCUCCCACCUACCUUUCUACCAUCCUAUAACCCCCACUACCCCAAAUUCCUGUUACCUCCAUUCAAUAUGAGCUGUAAUAACCUGAGUGCUUUGAACAAUAUCAAUGGCAUCAACAAUUUCAAUCUCUUCCCAAGGAUGUAUCCUCUUUAUGGCAACCUGCUCAGCGGAGGUAGCCUUUCCCACCACAUGCUGAACCCCACCACACUCCCCAGUUCAUUGCCGAGUGAAGGAGGCCGUCGAUUGCUGCAGCCUGAUCAUCCGAGAGACUUCCUCAUACCAGCACCUAACAGUGCCUUCUCUAUCACAGGCGCUGCUGCCAGCAUGAAGGACAAGCCAUGCAGCCCUACCAGUGGGUCACCCACUGCUGGUACAGCAGCCAGUUCGGAACACAUAAUGCAACCUAAACCUACCUCAGUGGUGUUGGCUGCCACCGGCGGUGAAGAAGCCAUGAAUCUCAUUAAAAGUAAGAGGAAUGUGACUGGUUACAAAACCCUCCCAUACCCACUUAAGAAGCAAAAUGGGAAGAUCAAGUAUGAAUGCAAUGUUUGCUCCAAGACCUUUGGCCAGCUCUCCAAUCUGAAGGUGCACCUCAGAGUACACAGUGGAGAGAGACCAUUUAAAUGCCAGACUUGCAAUAAAGGCUUUACACAGUUGGCUCACCUCCAGAAGCACUAUCUGGUACACACGGGAGAAAAACCCCAUGAGUGUCAGGUUUGUCACAAGCGGUUCAGCAGCACCAGCAAUCUCAAAACCCACCUGCGGCUCCACUCUGGAGAGAAGCCUUACCAGUGCAAGCUCUGCCCAGCCAAAUUCACCCAGUUUGUGCACCUGAAGCUGCACAAGCGUCUCCACACCCGGGAACGUCCCCAUAAAUGCAUCCACUGCCACAAGAGCUACAUUCACCUCUGCAGCCUCCAGGUCCACCUGAAGGGCAACUGCCCCGUUGCUCCUGCCUCCGGCCUCUCCAUGGAGGACCUGAAUCGAAUCAAUGAGGAGAUCGAGAAGUUUGACAUCAGUGACAAUGCUGACAAGUUGGAAGAAGUGGAGGACAAUAUCGACUUAACAUCGAUCGUGGAGAAGGAUAUACUGACCCUGCUCAGGAGGGAAAUGGAAGGAGCUAAUCUGAAAGUAUCUCUACAGAGGAACCUAGGAAAUGGGCUUAUCUCGUCAGGAUGCAACCUUUACGAGUCGUCAGAUCUGUCAAUUAUGAAGUUGCCUCACAGUCACCCACUACCUCUGUUACCUGUAAAGGUCAAGCAAGAAACAGUUGAACCAAUGGACCCUUAAGACUUUUUGGCAAAGUGAUUUUUUUAUUUAUGACUUGGCAAGUCAGGGUGCCUGUAGCAGUUGCUUGUACAUAGUUUCAAUGCUGCAAAGCAAUCUUGGCUUACAGUAGUUUCCCUACGCUCUCCAGCUGAAAGAAGGAACUCCAAAGUUACUGUUUUCUCAGGGCAUAAAAAGGGGCAAAGGACUCUGCGUUGCCUCGCCAGUUACUAAAAGACAAUCAUUUAUCCAUAACUAUUUUUUCAAUGAUAGUACUUCAUAAUUUAUUAUGCAAUUAAUCAUUCUAAAAGCAAUAAUUAGGAAAAUGUUUACAAUGACUGGAAAAUUCAUUGUAAUUUUUACUUUAAAUGUUUUUAUUUUUGUUUUAUGGCCAUUCUUUGUAGAUAUGUUUUUCUGCACAUCUGUUUUAAGAACCUAAGAUUGGGGUUUCAGUAAAUGUGUUUUAUGUACCAAUGUCUUUUAAACAAAUGCGGUUUUUCGUAUUGCCAAAGUUGGACAUGUGACAUACAGAAUCCUAGAUCAUGUUUGAAAAAAAUGCCGUGUACUUUUAUGUGCAAAUCACCCCACUGGGAAUAGAAAAGGAAAAAAAAUAACCAAUCAACAACCCAGAGUAGCAGCAAGCAGGGAAGAAACUGUUUCCUUGCCUCUCUGAGGAGAGGAGAAAGAUUCUUCUACCUGCAGCUCUACCUGGAACAGAUGUGGCACUGACCUGCCAUGGACAGUACCACAGGUUUUAGAAAACAGCUCUAGCCCCACACAUUGUCAUGUAACUUAAAGACCAAAGGAAUGCAUGAGCUUAACGUGGUUUUUCAAAAAUAAAAUCUCACAUUCUUUUAUUUCCAAAAGCAGUUUAAAAGCAAAGAAACAAUUAUUCUUAAUAUUCUGCCUGAAAUGAGGUUUUUGGCAGAUUUCUUUCUUCUGUUUUUUGUUUUGUUUUGUUUUUUUGGCCAGAGCCUUCCAGGGAUAAAAAAAAAAGACGGUCAGAUUCCCUGAGAAAGAAGGGGUUCGGUUUUACUUGUAUUUUCCUCUCCCACUUUGCCUGGGUAAAAGUGGGAAACAAAGUCCUUUCCUGGCACAUAAAUUUUUUUCUUCCUUCCUGUACGACUCAGAUUUUUCUCAGUAUUUGUGUUUGUACAUUUUGUGGUUAAUUUAAUUAAAGAAGAAAAGGGCAUUGCAAAGUUGUUGAACAACAAUUACCUCAGUGCUUGUGUCCAGUGGUGCAGACAAUGCUGUUUUAACUAAAUGCUUUGCUACUUUAGAGAAGAAACCAAAAUGUGCACAGGGAAAGAUAGAAUGCACGUCCUUAUAUCUUUUUGUUUUGCUAAGCCCAAAGAUGAUAUGGUGACGUUUGAGGUGUAGCAAAGAAUACAUGUAUAUUUAUAGAUAUAUUUAUACCACUAUACUAUAUAUGUAUAUGUAUAUAUAUUUAUACCACUUAAGUUGUGAGCCAAACCAUGUAAUAAAACUUAUUUUUCAUCUAAGUGUGAAAAUCAAAUGUUACCUAGUUUUGCAUAUAACCAGUGACCUCAAAGCCAGAAGGUUGUACCAAGGCAUUCAUCACUUGCAAGUACACAUGUGCAGUUGUCCAGGUGGAGCUGGAACUUGCAAACACCUUACAUGAAUAACAUCACCCACACUGGCAUCCCAGUGAAUUCUAUGGGAAUGACCCUGUUUGCAGGACAGGGCUUGUCAGCUCCCUGCUCUCCCGGCAGUCUGCACUGGGGGGGAAGGAGGCUGGUGGUCAGUCAACAGACAGCCAGAAAAUGUAACUGAAAGAACUUGGAAAGAAGCCGAACAUGACCCAUGUUUGAUGUGGUCACAAAUCACAGUAAGAGCAGGAGGGAAGUUAGUUGACACAAGCCCCUUGUCUCAUUGUACCCUGCCAUUAAUGAGUUGAAGAGUUAACUCACAUAAAUAUAAGUAGCAUUAGUACACAACUCCCCUUCAUGUAUCUUUUUUUGUCUGGUUAUUUUCUUACAAAAUUUAAAAUAGCCCACCUCAGCAAUCCAAGACUCAGUGAUCUUUUUCUUUUUUUUUCAGCAAACUUCAUUUUAAUGGCUUCUGUUAGAAAAACAAACAGUCCUGAAAUACAAGUCUCUCAACACAGCUUUUGAAGGACUACAGUUCAUUACAUUUCCACUUCUGCAAAUUGUGAGGCUGACAUCUUUUAAAUGUAGCAAUAGUUCAUAAAUAUAGUACUUAAUUGUAGGAAAAACCAAAGUAUCACUACUCUGUCACUGGACACACACUUUUCCUAUUAUUGCCUGUAGUGCUUUCUUGUAUUUGAUACAAAUUUUACAAGAAUUUAUAUGCAUCAGCUUUAAGAAUUGUUACUUCUCUUUACUGUUUCCCCCUUCCCUUAGACGUUUUACAUGUGAAUGUAGCAACAAUCAACAGUGUUUUGGGGGUUUUUUUUUGUCUCUCUUGAGAAAGACUCUGACCAAAGUUAACAGGCUUUUUACUUUGCUAGAACAACAAACUAUCAUAUGUUUACGUAUUGGUUUACAUCAUUAUUUAUGUGCAAAUUGUCAAAUGUAAAUUAA